AGCCUAGAUGAGUCGCAGAAGAAAACAGAGUGAUACAGAUGCAGCGCCGUUACUGAUGGAGGAUAUGGAUCUUGAUGAAAAUGUGCCUUCUAAAUCUUCGGACGAUGACAAAGAAGCAGAUUUACCAAAGAAGAAGGUUGCACGACGAAACGCGAGGAAGAAACAGGUACCUGAGCUCGACGUGGAAGAAACUGAAAAAAAGAGCGUGGAAGAAAAGAUUGAGUACUUGCUUAGCGAUUAUUCUGCAUUACUGGAAAAGGCGUGCAAGAACGAGAAGGGACAGAAGACGCUUAUCAAACGACUCUGGUCUGACUAUGAAGAAGCUGUGCAGCAGUGCGACGUGAAUGCUUUGCGACAUGCUCUGUGGGAGCCAUCGUUCACAGCGUCUACGGAAGGAAUUCGAUUUUGUGCCUAUGCCUUACGUAAAAUUGGUAUACGCAAGGCUUUCUUGCUUAUGAAGAAGAUGAUAGUUGCAGGUGCUACGAACACUACAUGUGGACAUCUGGGGCAAGUCAUCUACGUUGCUUGGCGCAUGGCUGUAAAAGAGGAAGACGAAGAAACAAAAAAGCAAAUUGAAGUCGAGAUGAUUACUGGAACCCUUCACGCUGCUGUGCUUCUACCAGUAAAUCUCUCAGCGAAAUUCAUGCAUGUUCUAUCUGCUUUUUCUGGAACGAAUGCCGAAAAAGCCAGAGUAGAUGGAAUGCUCGUCAGAUGUUUUGAUUCGGUGCUGUGGAUUGGGAUUGAUUCUUGCAACGACAUGGUGCGUUACUCUGCCUCUACUGUUUUGUUAGGUUUCUAUCCUUUGAUAGAUGAGGAUGACUUUAAAAAAGACGAAUGCUUGUACAAGCAGCACUCUUCCAUGAUGAACAUGUUGAAGGACGAAUGCACUCCAAUCAGAACAAUGGCCGCGAAAAGGGUUCUGAAGAUACUGAGCACUUUCUGGAACUUUAUUCCUCGCGACUUUAUCAAGCAGUAUAUGACUUUUAUUGUCGAUGUACUAUCGCGCGACUCUGUAGUUGCUGUGCGCUUGGCCGUUUACGAGGGUAUGCGAUACCUAAUCACCGUUCCUGCUUGCUUAAAUGCAGCCGAACAUGCUUUAAAGUGUAUUUCCCUUAAUGGCAUCAACGAUAAGAAUGAGAGAGUACGAAUGGCUGCAUUUGAGAUGUUAAAAUUGCUCAAAGGACAUCGCUACAUACGGUUCUUCGAUGUGGUACCUAUGGAGGAAGUACUGGCUCGCCUGCAAAUCGAAACAUCUGAAAGUGUUCGUCGUCAGAUUGUUCCGCUUAUCUUUAAGUCAUUCUUCCCAGAUCCGGAGCGCGUUGACAGGAAUGAGCGAAUGAAACGCAUAGCUUUCCUCAUCAAACACGGUCGAAUUUGUGCGCUAUCGUUCCACCGUCUUCUAUUCCCACUUGGGCUCGUAACUAUCAAAGAAGCAGUCGAACACAUCCAGUUUAUGACUAUUCUUGUCUAUCGCUCAUUCUCGAAGGGCAUCGCUGCGGAUACAACUAUGGAUUCUUCUACAUCGUUGUUGUUGGAUGACACAGUAGGAACGCUCACUGGGCCAAGUCAAGAAAUGAGCAUGCCAGAUGAGAACAGUCCGGUCUGGAAACGUAACAAAGUGUUUCUGGAGUGUGUGGUCGUGAUGUGGAUGAGCAUGCGGAAGGCUCUUAUGGAAAGCAGAUACGCAGCAGAAAAGCAAAAAUUGGAUACACUGGAGACUAAAGUGUUCAAAAAGAUGUUCCAGUGUUUUAGGACCACAUCCCUUAUUGGAACAACAAUGCUCAUCGGCAGUAUGCUGCCACCAUCAUCUAUGGAUGGUAUUACACAGUCAGUGUUAUCGUUGCUGAAUGAGAGGGUGGUUGAUGAGUCAGUCAUGGAACCUUAUCUUGAAGCUACUGCUCAAUGGAAAAUUGAGUAUUUGUUCGAAAUCAUAAACUCCGGUUUGUCCAUCCUACAAACACACAUUAGCGAACCCGAACAUUCGCCUCCUUCGAAAAAGAAGAAAUCUCCUGAACUGCCUCCAGUGGAUCGACUUCGCAAAGCUUUGCGAUAUCUGCGAUACUUGCUACGGAGCUACACUACUAAUCAAAUGAUUACUUGCAGUUACUUAUAUCAGCUGGAGCAGUUUUACAAGAAACUGUCUAUGAUUCGACACGUCGUUGACCUCAGGCUUGGCAGAGAAGUCAGUGAUGUUGGCAUACCUGAUAAUCUUAUCGUAGAAGCCUUUGAGAUGAAGCAGACGCUUACGGUCGUACUAAUUAAUUGCAAGGAUCGUGGCGAAGAUGACAAAGAUCACUUCUCAAGAUUUAUAGUCGACAUGUGUGAUGAGCUGAAAUGGUUUGAGUCAGAUGUGUUAUCCAACUUGUCAGCCCUCUAUUCAGAAGAUGUUAUCUCGUUUUUGAUUCGGCUUAGUCAGACAGUAUUGCGAUGCAUUGGACUUACAAUGGCAUCAUGGGAUUUUACGGAAAUUUCGGAAAGCCUUGCCGCUUCCGAUUCACACGCAGAUGAACUUGUUCCUGAAGACAAGAACUACCCGAAUAUUUGUAGCAGAGUGGUGCUAGCUUUUUGUAGCAGCAGUACUCCAUCAGCAUUGUUACCAACAGUGCUCACUGCAGCCAAGCUUUUGUUGGAAGAUGGAUGCGCUACGUUCUCAAAUCUUUUAUCUGUUCUUGACUAUGUUCCUAAAUGGAUAAUAUCAUGUACCAGUAACGAUGAAAAUUUGGAUGAGAAAGCAAUCGGAGACGCAUACCUUACUCUGUGGCGUGCGUUCCUGGAAAGGACGGAGUAUACCGAAGUAUUGCUCGAUAAGUCUAUCAACAUCUGUGCAGUUCAUCUCCUCAAUUAUCUUACUCAGCUAAAUGAAGAUACUCAUGAAGUACAAGAUCCGCGACUGCACGAUUUUGAAGUGACACCUGCUAUAUCAUUACUUCUUCAUCGAGUUAUAUUUAAGAAUAAGGUUUUAAUCACGAAGUUUAUGGAGAGAGUCGGAGGUCUUUCUUGUAGCGAUCUCUUGUACACGAAUGAUUUGGAUGGUGAUACAUGUCUGUUGCGGUUGGGAAGCUGUGCGCAACUUGCGCUUCUUUGUGACUUAACUUCGCAGGGAGUUCGACGAGUUGGCAACAGCACCUCAACUGUCUACCGCACCAGCAGGAAAGUCAUGGAUCUCCUAGCUAUACUGCAUGAUCGCGUAGAAAAUGUAGCAAAGACCAAUCCGCCUAAGGAUAAUAUGGUGUUAUCUCAAAUACGGGAAAUGUUUGAAUAGUUGUAACAUCUAUUCGCGAUUUCUGCUAAUUGAUGAUCUCUGUAUGCCUUACACCUCACUCGGCAGUAUCACUGAUAAGAUUUGCGCAUAAAUAUUACUGCCUAAACAUGUCUGCAGUUUACUUAAACCUCGUGUUUUGCUUGAUUUUUCGAGUUGAUGUAUUUAGAUUUUGCAUCUACUUUGAAUACCUUUACCUCAUUCAUUGGAUAGCCGAGCCUAAUAGCCAAUAAUUGUACUCAUCGGUCCAAAGUUUGUAAUCCUUUUGUAUAGUGCCUGAAUCAUUUGAUUCUGCUAGUUUUCUAUAGCCAUAAAUCCCGUUGAUAAUUUGUCGCUUUCCGAGUUUACCAGAUUGGGCAUGCUCAAGACUUUGUGCUCUUGCAGAGCAUAUCUAGGAAUUUUCAACAGCAAAAAGGAUUAUACAAAACAUCGUGGGAUGAAAAAGACGACGAAAGCAAUAAUUAUGCGUCCCUGUUUUGGUACCUUUCACCGACUCGCUCAAGAACUACAUGACAUAUUUUUUCUUUUUCUCGAACCCUCUAAUAUGUGCCAUUUCAUCGAUCUGUAUAUAGUGUCUU